AUGUGGGGUACUUUGGGUGCGUUGGCCUUGCUGCCAGCGCUUGUCAGGUCGUAUGCCUCGACGGACUCUAUCAUGGAUGCUGACCUGGCCCAAUCCGGGUAUCUUUCUAAUCAUCCUAUGGACCCCAAUGUCGUCGGCGGUUCAAGCUUUGGUAUCUUGUGGAAGCAGCAGAUGACAGACAGCAAGGAGCAGUGGUUCGCCAAGCCGUUGGUGUACACUCAGAAUGGAGGGUCCGAAAUGCUCAUCACAGCAUCGAACGAGAACAAUGUGCGAAUACACGAUGCGAAGACUGGAACGCUUAUUACCUCGAGAACGCUGCACCCUCCGUUUCUCCAGUCAGACAUUGGUUGCAACGAUGUCCCAGACUACAUCGGUGUCAUGGGAACGCCAAUCAUUGACCCUGCUACUGAUAUCAUUUACAUGUUCGCAAAGGGUUACAAGAAUGGUGCCGCUUCUGGUGGCGUUGCUAAUGGUGAAUAUAAGCUACAUGCACUCCAGCUGCCCGCCUUGACAGAUGCUCCUGGCUUCCCUGUUAUUAUUGAUGGGCAUCGUGCCGACAACGACCCUGCUAAGUACUUCAUCGGAGGCACGAUCAUGCAACGACCCGCCCUAACAUCUCUGAAUGGCGUCAUUGUUGGGGCUUUCGGAGGUCAUUGUGAUCUGUUUAAUUUUACAGGAAUGAUCGUGUCGGUCAGCAAGACGCCUAACGUUGGUGUCGUCAGCAUUUACGCCAUGGAACAGGCUCCUGGCGCUCCAUCACCAAACCCCACAGACAUCACCAGCGAGAAGGGAGGCAAAGCCGGAAUCUGGCAGAGUGGUAUGGGUCUUGCCACCGAUGGUAACCGGAUCUUUGUCACCACUGGUAACGGUCAAGGUCAUGCAAACGGAGAUGUGCCUGCCAGUGGUCGUCUUCCCUUGACAACUCUGGAUGAGUGUAUUGCAAACUUUGCUGUGUCGUCGACAGGUGUCUUCUCCUUGACUGAUUACUUCGAGCCGUAUGAUUACGUUCAAAUGGACGCCCAGGACAAGGAUUUGGGUUCUUCCGGAACAGCUUUGUUGGAUGCAACCACCUUCAGGACCAGUACCAUCAAUCGUAUGGCUGUUACCGUUGGAAAGAACGGCAAAGUAUACAUCACGAACGCGGAUAACCUUGGAGGUUUCAAACAAGGUUCUGGUGGAACGGACAACAUCAUUCAGACAAUCACAGCCGGAAACUCUGUGUUUGGUGGUGCUGGUAGCUAUCCUCUCGAGGGCGGGUACAUCUACUUCACUCCCGUAGGUCUGCCCACUUAUGCUUACAAGUUCGGCACCGAUUCCUCUGGUGCUCCGUUCUUCACUCUUGCCGGUAAAACAGCGACAAACUCGGCUGGUCGUGCAGGUGUGGGACAGCCGACUGUCACUUCCUACAAUGGAAUCGCGGGCACAGGCAUUUUGUGGGUGACCGAUGUCAACUCUGGUCUUUUGGCUUUCAAGGCGGUCCCCAACUCCGCUGGAGUAUUGGAGGCAAUCACGCUGCCGGCGACACCUGGCAUCAAUAAGUAUCAGCGACCUGUCUUCGGCAGCGGCAAGGUAUUUGUCACUGCGAGCAACAAGAUCUACUGUUUGGGCUACCCUGUCAACCUCCCGCUCAACUGCACUACACCAGUGGACUUCGGCUCUGUUCAGACUGGCGAUACAAAGACUGCCACUAUCUCUUGCAAGGCGAAUAUCGCCAUUACUAAAGUAAAGGGCUGCGUUACCAGCGAUGCGCUCUUCCAGUGCUCGAACUCAUCGCUGCCUCAAGGCGCUCUGGCGGCGGGUGCGACAUUCACCUUCCCGGUGACCUGGAACCUGACAGAGAAGUCUAUUGAGGAUGCUGAAGGUACCAGUUAUGCCAAAGUUCUUCCUGGCGUCGAGAGCGGCGUGUUGAGUCUCAUCACCACCAACGGUGUGACUGGAUACACUGAUACCACGCCCUUGUCAUUGACCGGAACUGUCGUCAGUGCAGACCCGUACUUGUGGAUGAAUCCCAGCGAAGUUGACUUCGGUGGUCUCGUCCUCGGAAGCGAUGAUGCGGCAGCGGGUUUGACAGGCUCUGCUAGCAUUGCUAACAUUGGCAGCCGCGCCCUAACAUUCACGGGCAUGGCCUGGCAACUCGGCACCGACACAACCGGAGAAUGGCACAACCUGACAUUCACCGACGAGGGCGCAGUUUUCGGUCUGGGUUUUACUUCCUCCUCAUUCCCCAAGCCAGGCUCUCAACUUGCAGCUGGUGAGACUAUUGCCGUUCCAUUGCUGUUCAACUCGACGACCAUCGGCACGUACUCUUUGAAUCUCAUGCUCUGGUCCGAUGGUGGCCAAGACUCAAUCCUUCUUGCCGCUUCCGUCGGUAACCCGCCGAUUGCGACCAUUGCUGUCUCGACUCUUGAAGGCGGCUGGGAUUAUAGCGAGCCGACUCACAUGGCUUUUGGCAACGUUCUUGCCGGCCAAACCGUGAUUAAGAAGAUUCAGAUUUGCAAUGUCGGUGGAUCAGUCUUAACCAUCACCAAGUCUAAGCCGCCUUCCUCUGCACAGCUCACGGCCGUCAGCCCAUACGGCGAGUUGCUAGAGGGUCAAAAGAUUGAUGUGGGUGCUUGCGCUAAUGGGUCGGUCGCUGUUUAUGCCGCCCCUAUCCAGCUUAAUCACCCAUCCCAAUACAUCUCACUCGUUUGGGUCCUCAACACUGAUGGCUUGAGCAACCUCGACCGUAGCCAGCCAUUCGGUGUCCAUGAAGUCCAGACUGAUGUCACAAUUGUCUCUGCGCAGAUUGGCCCUCUAUUAGCCAAUGGCACAGCUCGAUACCAGUGGGUUGGCUGCUUCGCAGACACCAACGGACGAAACCUGCAGACUCAGAUUAACACUGCUGCCCAGCAAACAACUAACUCGAAUGAUCAGUGCCAAACAUUGUGCAUGAACGCCGGGUAUGCCAUUGCUGGUACAGAGUACUCCAAGGAGUGUUGGUGUGGUAACGCGAUUAAGCAGCCAUCAUCGCUCACACCAGAUUCUGCAAACCACUGCACAUUCUCUUGCACUGGAAACAACACCCAGUCAUGUGGCGGCGAUGGCGGAUAUCUUAGCAUGUAUGCUGACAUAACCAAGUUCGAUAUUGCGGCAUUCCUGGCUGGCACCAGCAGCUCCACUACGAAGACUACGACAACUAUGCUCGCCACCGGAACGGCUACUGGAUCUACUACUACCACCACUGCGGCGACAAGCACAUCGACCGGCUCUCCAUUGAACCCCAAUGAGCCAGCCGUUGUCAACGGCCAGUGGAACUACAUCGGUUGCUACAAGGACAAUGUCAACAAUGUUCGCAGUCUAUCCACCAAGAACACCGCUGCCGAUACCAUGACACUUGAGUCCUGCGCCACCUACUGUUCCGCCUACAACUUCUUCGGUACAGAAUACGGACGAGAGUGUUACUGUGGCUACACACUCGACACGACCCUCCGGGCGACCGAGUCAGACUGCUCGACGAAGUGUGCCGCCAACAGUGCCGAGCUCUGCGGUGCUGGCAGCCGUCUGGCGGGCACUGGCGGUGGCUAA